AUGUUCAACGCACAGAAGAGGGCGCAAAGUGGUGUUUCUGCGCCCCCCUGCCGUCUAAUCUCUCUCAUCUGUCCCCAUCAGCAUUUUCCACAACCAGUGUCAGAAGACAUAAUAAACAAACUUUGGGUUGGCCACGACUCCGUGAAGCUGAUCAAGUUCGCGGACGACACCACCCUCAUUGGACUCAUCUCCAACAACGAUGAGUCCGCCUACAGGAGGGAGGUGGACCGGCUGGUGUCCUGGUGCAGUGGUAACAACCUGGAGCUGAACGCCCAGAAGACAGUGGAGAUGAUUGUGGACUUCAGGAAGAGCACUGUCCCCCCGCCCCCACCCUCCGUGAUGGACUCCCCCAUCACCUCUGUGGAGUCCUUCCGUUUCCUGGGCACCACCAUCACCCAGGACCUCAAGUGGGAGCCGACCAUCAGCUCCCUCAUCAAGAAGGCCCAGCAGAGGAUGUACUUCCUGCGGCUGCUCAGGAAAGCCAAGCUGCCUGCACAGAUGUUGGUGCAGUUCUACACGGCCAUCAUCGAGUCCAUCCUCACCUCCUCCAUCACCGUGUGGUUCGCUGGAGCCACAGUCAGGGACAAACAGAGACUACAGCGCAUUGUGCGCUCUGCAGAGGAAGUGAUCGGCCGCAGCCUUCCAUCGCUGCAGGACCUGCUGGAGCUCACCAACAUUUUAUCUCGCCAGCGAUCACUGGGGCCCGUGUCGCCCAAACGCAUCUAUCGAAACCUGUCCAUCAGACUCCGGGGGGCAGAGGCCGCGAGCGCAGACGCCACAGAGAUGCCCAAACAUUUAAACAAGUCUGUGGAUGCUUACAAGAGCCUGUGGGAGGCUGUGGAGAAUGAGGACACUUUGGCCGUGCAAAACCUGCUGACCAGAGAGCAGGCCAACAGCGGAGGAGGAGGAGGGGGAAGCAUUUGGGAGAAGACCCUCUGGGAAAAGGCUGCGAAGAGGGACAAGGAGUUGGAGCAAGAGAAGGAGAGAGGGGUGAACCGGGUCAGUGACCAGGGUUUGGUCCCACUGGAUGUAGCAGCACUUACCCAUAAUUCACCUCUGCUCCAUGUGCUGACAAAGGCUGGAGCACAUCACAACCCUAUAUUGAAUCGGCCAGCAGAGUGGGCUCUGAAGCUGGACACCCUGGUGACGCUGGCCAGUAAACGUGUGGAGGAAAGGAGGAAAGAGAUGGUCCGGAGGGUGGCUGCUGGACCUCAGGCCCAAGCUGAUAUGCAGCGACAGAUCCGGCUCUGGAGCCUCAGGCUGCAGCUUUACUGUCGUAUGAGAGAGAACUUCAACAACACAGAGCUCCCUGGUCCUCCUUCUCAUGUGUCCAUUCUGGUGACAAGCACAUCGUCGCUGCUGGUAGUAAUCAAAGAACCAGAAGGUCCAGGCUUUGGGCUCAUCACACGUUACCGAGUGGAAUGGAGCACUUCCGAUACAUUCAAACGCAUCAUUGGCUCAGCUCAAGUUAUGGAGACAAAAAACCCAACGUUUUCAAUUCACGGGCUGACAGCAGGAAUACAUUACUUUGUCAGAGUCUGUGCCUAUAAUAUAAAAGGAUGGGGCCCGCCUCAAAGCUCUACCCCGACUAGUGCUGCCCCCUCUAGUUGGCGUGAGUGCGUGGGAGUGAAAUCGCAGUUUCGUAACCACGAGGGCCUUGUAAGGAAGCUCCUUGAAGAUGCCAGAGAACCACAGUACAGAGGAUGCUGCAUAGAGAGCUGUAAGCCCCAGAGCCCCAGCAAGCGCAUGUCGAUGUCUAGAGGCAUUAAACAGCUUUUCCAGUCCGCCACCAAGUUUGUUCGCCUACUCCAGAGAGGUGUCUACCUGGCAGCUGUCUUUCACUACAAGGAGAACAUCCUUGUGACUGCUGAGGAUCAAAUCCCUCUUGUGGAGAUCCAGGGCUGCUCAACGCCCAUCACCCAGGACUUCCUCUGGUUUGCUAAGUUAUCUUGUGCGUGGCAACAGGUUCCGUGGCUGCAGCAGUCCCUCGUCUCAGCUCAUUCAUCUUCCUCCUCCCUCAUUCAGAACAGGCACAACAUUUUAAAAGCAGUUUCACAGCUCCAGUCCUCUCUUGGAAUGAUGGAUUUGGGUCAGGUUUACUAUGAGCCACUCAAAGAUAAACAAGGGAACGUGUUACUGGUCACACUGAAGGACUUCUCCAACCUUCCUAACCCCCCUGACCCACCGCUCCAUUGGAUGCCCUUUGCUCGACUGGAAAAGAACCGCAGCCGGACCCCCCUGCUGCCCGAGCCCACAGCCAUGGAUAUGCUCUACGCACAGGUCAAGGAGAAGCUGUCCUAUCACCGCCACAGCACCCAGUGGGCCCAGCCUGGUCUUUAUGUCGGGAUCCUGAAGCUGUGCAGCUCAGUGGAGCAGAUCCGGGUGCUGGUGCCACAGAGACUCCCCAACCUCCUCUGUCACACCAGGGUCCGGCACAACGCCCACGUCACAAGGGACGAGUGGGCGUGGCUCCAGAGUCAUGUUUACACGACACUCAACGACAGCGUCCAGAACCUUCUGAGCGGAGACGAAGACAACCUGAUGGAGAGCAGCGGCCUGUUGGAGUUCGCCACUUCUCUGAGAGCAGCCAUAACCCAUCUGCUGACAAAGCUCAACAUCCCCCUCUACAUGGCUUAUCAGUACGGCGUCUACACCCGGGAACUUGUGCAGUUUGGAGACAGAUUGUCCUUAUUGCUCCUGUUGCCUCCAAGUGAAGAUUUCAGCUCCAGUUAUUGGCCCUUAGUAGGAACCAAGGAACCUGGUCUGACAAUGCCGCUGCAGAUUUUUGAAAUAGUUCACUUCUGGACAUAUGAGCAUGACUUCCUGUCUCACUACUGCCAGGCCUGGGUGAGACUGGAGCUGGACACUCAUCUGGCCCAGCAGGCUCUGAGGGAGGCUCUGGACACAAAAGAGAUGCUGGAAGCCCGGGAACGCCUAAAUCGCAUAGCUGAACUAGCACAUAGGCUGGACGUCGUGUGGCGUGAUGCGCGGUGGAUCAUGGACUGCCUUCAGUGUGUUCGGUCCAGGCAGUGGGUGGGGGCCGUGCCUCUGGGCUUGGUGAUGGGAGGAGAACCACCACCGCAGCCAGAGGGAGAGGAGGAGAAUCUGACUGGUAGACUGAGGUGGCCGAGGCGGUUAUCACCUCAAAGAACUAUUACAGAAAAUGUGAACGUGACUCCACCAAACAUAGUCUCCGCAGAGGUCCCCGCUCCCACAGGGAUCAUCACAGCUAUCCCAGAAGAGCCCCCUCUGGUGUUAAUGGAAGGUGUUGCAAAGGGAGGAUACCCGGUCGACAUCACCUCUCCAUCCACUGUGGACCUGACCAGCCUGGACCAGCCCGAUUUAAUAUGUGCCAGCACUUUGGUUGAAGCAGGACUGGAGCCUGCAGCUGCGGCUCAACUAGAAGUGGGUUAUCAAGUUUUAAAUGUGGACGUCCCUCUGAGUGACGAGCCGGAGUACGCCUCGAGCAUCACAGACGUCAUCCGACCAAUGGAGAUGGCUGAGCUGGUGGAUAUUAUACCCACUCUCACUCUCAUUGAAGAGCAGAUCCCCAGUGACCCCUCCGGCCCCACUGUCAUGGAGAUGCUUGAAAGCUUUGGGCUAGGGAUCAAUGAAAGUAAUACUAUUUUCAACUUGGAAAAUCCACUUCUAACUAGUGGAGGUGGGUUUGGGUCAGAGUCUAGUAGCAGCCAUGUUGCUCUCAAGGAGAACAUGGAACUUCAUGGUACAGUGAUGCCUCUCGCUGAAGGCGAAGGAAGACCAAUGUACCCCUUAGACUUUGCCUCUGAUGACACCAAGCUGCAGAUGCCCUCAGGGUUUCCUGUAAGAAGCCAGGUGGAGUGGGACAGACCGGCCAACAGUUCGUCCUGA